AUGAGAAGAGCUACAUCUCAUCGCGGCCUUGCAUCACAAGAAAAGAAAUAUCCCUGUGUUAUCGCCGACCGUUUUCCGGGGAAAUGUAAGAGGAGCUUCAAGAAUAUAGAAAAGCUCAAUGAGCAUAUCAAGCGAUGCCACAGUCCAUUUCUCUGGUGCAAUGAUUGCCUGAAAAAGUUCAACAGCUCCAUGAGCAGCCAGGCCCUGGAGCGUGAGAAGAUAUACCAUAAGGCGAUAUGUCCCAAGGAGCCUUCCGAGAAAAACAAAGCCCUUAGGGAGAGGGCUUACGUCAUUGACGAAGCUCGAUAUGAGCUUUGCAAGAAACUUGGGUGGAAGCAGACUGCUGCUUCACAUGAACUCAACAAAGAAACCGGUGGCAAGGAAUGCGUAUCUCAACGGAGCUGGAGACAGAUCCGUGAUACUAUCUUUCCAAGCGACACCGUGACAGUGGAUGAGUCUCACGAGCUUGUUGCAAGAGUCGAGAACGAGACGAGAAACGAGAUGUUCUUGACGCAGUUCCGAGACAGAGACUCACUUGUCCCAACACAGAUACAGAUGAACACCAUCUCUCAGCCGCCCCCGACGGCUGACAACACGUCUCACCUGUCCACGCUCCUGUCUGAGGUGACUGCUCCUCUCACAGGUCCAACGACGAUUGCUUUCUCUGAUCCUGGUCCGGAUGGCAAAGACGACAUAUUUGGGUUUCUUCCAUACCCUCCACUCCCUAAUGUCCAAGAAUACGAGUCUGCAAACUCUUUGACUGGUGCGGGAAAAUGGGACACUAGCAACUUGGAUCUGGGACCGGAACCUUAUAUAGACUUCGAACAGUGGUUAAAUUCAGAAUGA